AUGACCAAGCCCAUUUUCCCCUUCACCGAGGCAAACAGCAAGCGUGUUGCGUCCUUGUUCAGACAAGCGUUGAGAACCGCCUUUGACUCGUCGCUCAAAUUCGACGCCUACAGAAGAGAAACCAUCAAAAUCAGAUCGCAGUUCGAAGCCAACAAACACAUUUCCGACCCCAAUGAAUUGGAGAGUGUAAUCCAGCAGGCAAAGGCGAAAUUGGCCGAGUACGCCCACCCAGAUCCAUAUAUUCCACCUUGCAGACCGGGCGGAACCAAGUACGAGAGAAACAUUCCUUUGGCCAAGGAGCCGGUUGUUCCAGGCGACUGGUAG